AAGGAAAUGACCCGCCAUUGUUAAGUAUAAAAAAGCGAAUUUCAGCGCGGUAUUCAGUCAGAUUUCAUCUACAUAGUGAAUAAGUGAACAAUGAAAGCUAUUCAGAGCGUUAUAUUUGUGACUCUGUGCUUGAGUUUCGGGAGCUGUGACAUUCCUGGCAGAUUAGUGAGGGUUUCGCGUAUUACUUCCAGGGUCGCUGAACCAUCAUGCCUCAACUUAGUGACCCCCAUUUGUAAAGAUUGUAACACGCUUCUGAGAUGUUUGAUGGUGGACCCAGCACCGGAAGUGCCAUGUAAAACACAGUAUCCCGAUAGACCUUUCUGUCACAAUGGAGCAUGCGUUGCUGAAGCACAAGGCGAUUGUGUGGUUUCCACUACAUUUACUUGUACAGGCGCCGGAUAUUAUCCAGAUCCAUUAAACUGUUCACGGUAUCAUUUGUGCGGUGCAAAUGGUGCAACUGAUCCCGAUUAUUCCUUCUAUGAAUGUCCCGUUGGAUUCGUAUACAAUCCAGCAACAACGAUGUGUAAGCUGUCGACAAGUGCUUCUGAUUGUGCUGUUGCUGAUUGUUCCGCUGAUCCUACCGGUUAUGCGGUAUACCCUGCCGAUAACAACAUUUUCUUUUACUGCUCAGCCGAUGAGGAACCGAAAGUGUUAAAAUGUCCCGUUAACAAUGUUUUUGAUCCUGCCUCUUUCAGCUGCGUAUUCCAAUGUUCCCGUGAAGGCCGUAUCGCUGAUCCAUCAGACAAGAAAAAAUUCUUUGAAUGCUAUAAAAAUGGAGCAACAUACAUAACGCUAUCGUUGAGCUGUGUGGAUAGUUUUGAGUUUGAUGCUAAACUAGAGCAGUGUGUCAAAUCUGCGGUACCAGCACCACCUCUAGCACCCACAGUACCGUGAAUUAUUUAAGGAAUUGUAAAGUUUA